AAAUCACAAAGUUGGGUUUAUUCUAUUAAGCCAUAAACCCUAAGGCCUAAACCCCAAGACGCUCUUCACACUUACAAUUUGCAGACAACCCCCCUCUUCCUCUCUUCCUCCGCGGCAGCAAGCACACCAUUGUUAAACCUUAAACCACCUAAAACAAAAAUGGUUCGAAGCAUAAAAAAACCCAAAAACCCAAAGAGAAAGAAGACCAAGGUCCCCAAAAAUGGCGAUGCGUCAUCAUCAGCCCCUCCGCUUUUGCAGCCGGCACGAGUAUGGCAACCAGGUGUUGAUUCUUUAGCAGAAGAUGAAGAGCUUCAGUGUGACCCUUCUGCUUACAAUUCUUAUCAUGCCUUCCAUGUGGGUUGGCCUUGUUUGAGUUUCGAUAUUGUUCGUGAUUCUUUAGGGUUGGUUCGAUCCGAGUUUCCUCAUACUGUUUUUGUUGUCUCCGGUACUCAGGCAGACAAACCUUCGUCGAAUUCUAUUGAAAUAAUCAAGGUAUCAAACAUAUCUGGGAAAAGGCGAGAAUUAGUACCUAAAAGGGAGGGUGAUGGCUCAGACAUGGACAGUGAUAGUGAUGAAGAUAGUGACGAGGAUGAGCAUGGAUCAGGAGCACCUAUAUUGCAGCUGCGCAAGGUGGCUCAUCUCGGAUGCAUUAAUCGAAUCCGUUCUAUGCCACAAAAACCUCAUAUCUGUGCAACUUGGGGAGAUACAAGUUAUGUGCAGGUCUGGGACUUAAGUGCUCAUCUGAAUUUCUUAGCUGAUUCAGAACCAGACAGCAGUCGAGGUGAAUCUUUUGUUUUCAAUCAGGCCCCACUAAGUAUGUUCAGACACAAAGAUGAAGGCUAUGCUAUAGAUUGGAGUCCCCUUGUUCCUGGAAGGCUAGUAUCAGGUGAUUGCCAAAGUUCUAUUUAUCUGUGGGAACCUGCAUCUGAGACAAAAUGGAAUGUUGAUACAAGUCCAUUUGUUGGGCAUGCUGCUAGUGUGGAAGAUCUGCAGUGGAGUCCUACAGAAGCCAGUGUAUUUGCUUCUGCCUCUGUGGAUAAGACCAUUGCAAUAUGGGAUACUCGUUUGGGGAAAUCUGCUGCAACAUCCUUCAAGGCCCAUGAUGCAGAUGUUAAUGUAAUCUCAUGGAACAGGUUAGCUAGCUGUAUGUUGGCAUCAGGUAGCGAUGAUGGGUCAUUUUCCAUUCGUGAUCUAAGAAUGCUCAAGGAUGGAAAUGCUGUGGUUGCACAUUUUACUUACCAUAAACACCCAAUCACAUCCAUCCAAUGGAGUCCGCAUGAGCAAUCUACACUGGCAGUCACUUCUGCCGAUCAUCAGCUCACAAUUUGGGACCUGACACUAGAAAAAGAUACAGAAGAGGAGGCUGAAUUUAAAGCUCAAACAGAAGACCAAGUGAAUGCUCCUGAGGAUUUGCCUCCGCAACUUUUAUUCGUCCAUCAGGGUCAAAAGGACUUGAAGGAGCUUCAUUGGCAUGCCCAGAUUCCAGGAAUGAUUAUAUCAACUGCUUCUGAUGGUUUCAACAUCUUAAUGCCUCACAACAUAGAAAACAACCUUCCAGCUAAUGGUGCUUGACACCAUGGAUCUCGCAUCAUUAUUCCCAUGCAUCAUUGAAUGUCGUGUCGGAAAACGGCGUUAUGGCGGCUGUUAAAAUGAUAUCGGGUUUCAAAUGUCAUGCAAUUUUCGUGUGCUUCUAGAUAUUAUAUGUUUAUCAAAUAGUUAUGGUUACUAUUUUUUGGUUCUCUGUUGUGUAAUUAUUGUUGUUGGUUAAGUGACUUUAGUUCAGAAAUUUGAAUUAUACAUUAAGAUUUUUUUUUGGGGUUAUUUCUAACUAAAUUUUAAGUGUGAUAUAAAUAAGAUGCGAUCGGAGUAUAUUACACAUAA